GUCUCCACUAUAUCAUUUAGCAGAAGAAGUUGAAAAUUUUGGGGAAAAUUUGGAAAUCUUGGCUUUAAUGUUGAAAGCAAAAGCAAUAGUCAAGAAGACUAUAUCAUUGGUAGAAAGUAAAAAUACAUCCAAGACAAAACGUAUACUUCAGGAUGUGGGAAGAAGAUCUGCAGCUGAGAAUAAUGUAAAAGUUUUUGAUUGUUGUAGCCUAGGAGGUCAUGAAGCUGUCUUACUUAAAAAUACAAUAUAUUUUAUGGGCGGCUCCCGUGCGAUACCAAAUGCAAGUCCAUUCAAAAGUUCUAUACGAGGUUAUAACUUGUCGAAUGAAAUUUUUUACUUGGAUCUUGCAUCAUCAUUCUCUACAACAAGUCCACCGUACGUAGACCUUAGUGGGACUUCUGCGCGAUUGCAAUAUGGAAAUGAAAAAUGUUAG